CCAAGUAGUUGAAGACCAUCGGGUCUAUGUCUCUGAUAUUAAUCCCAACACAAACCCUCUUGGACUCCACUCUCGCAGAGUGAUAGGAAAACUUGAGGGAAAAUCUUUAUCCAUAAAUAACUCCAAUAUUCCUGUAUUUGAAUUCAUCCUUGAUAAAAUGGUAGGAAGAACGGAACCCAUCAACGGCACUGCAAAGCCAAAAUCUGGAUCCUCUCUGAUGAAUAAUUUCAACGCAGAUCUGUUUAACGUUUUCUCCCUCAAGUCCCUCAGGCUCAAAACUAAGCAACAAGAGCUUUUGAUCCGUGUCUCCAUUCUCUGUCUCGUCUAUGUUUUGGCUUUCAUUACUCGUUUGUUCAGUGUUCUUCGUUAUGAAUCCAUGAUUCAUGAAUUUGAUCCUUACUUCAAUUAUCGAACCACUCUUUUCCUUACCCAAAAGGGUUUCUAUGAAUUCUGGAAUUGGUUCGAUUCUGAGAGUUGGUACCCUCUUGGCCGUAUCAUCGGUGGCACGCUCUAUCCCGGUCUCAUGGUUACUGCCGCCGUCAUUUACUGGACUCUCCGAUUCCUCCGAUUUGCUGUACAUAUCCGCGAGGUCUGUGUCUUGACCGCGCCAUUCUUCGCCUCUAACACGACCCUUGUCGCCUAUUUCUUUGGUAAAGAGAUUUGGGACUCUGGUGCUGGUCUGGUUGCUGCUGCUUUAAUUGCCAUAUGUCCUGGCUAUAUUUCUCGAUCCGUUGCUGGGUCUUAUGAUAACGAGGGAGUUGCCAUUUUCGCUCUAUUGUUGACCUUUUUCUUGUUUGUUAAGGCUGUCAACACGGGCUCCCUUUCUUGGGCACUGGCUUCUGCUUUUGGAUAUUUCUAUAUGGUGUCUGCAUGGGGAGGUUAUGUGUUUAUUAUUAAUUUGAUCCCUCUUUAUGUCUUGGUGCUGUUGAUCACUGGGAGAUACUCGCUCAGGUUGUAUGUUGCUUAUAAUUGUAUGUAUGUGUUGGGGAUGCUGCUUGCCAUGCAGAUUAGGUUUGUGGGUUUUCAGCAUGUGCAGUCUGGAGAGCAUAUGGCUGCAAUGGGCGUGUUCUUCUUGAUGCAGGUAUUUUAUUUCUUGGAUUGGGUUAAGUAUUUGCUGAAUGAUGCAAAAUUAUUUCAAGCCUUUUUGAGGAUCACUGUGACCUUCACAGUUGGUGUUGGUGCUAUUGCUCUAGGAGUUGGCACAGCAUCUGAGUACAUUUCUCCAUGGACAGGCCGGUUUUACUCUCUUCUAGACCCUACAUAUGCUAAGGAUCACAUCCCCAUCAUUGCAUCCGUUUCUGAGCAUCAGCCAACAGCUUGGUCAUCUUUCAUGUUUGAUUUUCAUAUCCUGCUUUUCCUUUUCCCAGCUGGUCUUUAUUUCUGCUUUAAGCGGCUGUCUGAUGCUACAAUAUUUAUCGUGAUGUAUGGUCUCACUAGUAUGUAUUUUGCUGGUGUUAUGGUUCGGUUGAUUCUUGUGGCUACACCCGCCGUUUGCCUUAUUAGUGCCAUUGCUGUUUCUGCCACGAUAAAGAAUUUGACAGUGUUGUUAAGGUCAAAGAACAAAGUUGCCCAAAUCGGUUCUACCAAAGGAACUAGCAGUGCAAAAUCUUCUUCUAAGGGUUUGCUUGAUCACUCUCAGCCUUUUCAAAGGAAUGGUGCUAUGGCAUUGCUUCUUGGUGCAUUUUACUUGCUCAGUAAGUAUGCUACGCACUGUACCUGGGUGACGUCAGAGGCAUACUCAUCUCCCUCAAUUGUCUUGGCUGCAAGGGGUGCACAUGGCAACAGGGUCAUUUUUGAUGAUUACCGUGAAGCAUACUUUUGGCUACGGCAAAAUACACCUCCAGAUGCUAAGGUGAUGUCAUGGUGGGAUUAUGGUUACCAAAUUACUGCCAUGGGAAAUAGAACUGUUAUUGUCGACAAUAAUACCUGGAACAAUACCCACAUUGCUACUGUUGGACGUGCAAUGUCAUCUUAUGAGGAUGAAGCAUUUGAGAUAAUGAGAUCACUUGAUGUGGAUUAUGUAUUGGUUGUCUUUGGCGGUGUUACCGGUUACUCGUCUGAUGAUAUCAAUAAGUUUUUGUGGAUGGUGAGAAUUGGCGGUGGAGUGUUCCCUGUAAUCAGGGAACCUGAUUACCUUGUCAAUGGUGAGUAUCGUGUUGACAAAGGUGCAGCUCCAAAGAUGUUGAAUUGUCUCAUGUACAAGCUAUCCUACUAUCGGUUUGGAGAAUUGGUAACAGAAAUGGGCAAGCCUCCAGGGUAUGAUCGUGCAAGAGGUGUUGAAAUUGGAAACAAGGACAUUAAACUUGAAUACUUGGAAGAAGCAUUCACAACAUCUAAUUGGAUCGUCCGUAUUUACAAGGUGAAGCCACCUAAUAAUAGGUGGUAAGAUCCGUUUCUGUCUGCAGGACAGAAAAAGAAGUUCAUGGAUGAUGGACGGGAGCUUGAAUCAUGAACCAUAGAGAAGGCCUUUAGAAGAAACGAGUGUUUUGCUUUGAGAUUGAACUUGUAACAUUCAAGGCUCUUAGAAUUUUUCUGGACCCCAUUUUUGGAUGCCCUCUUCACCUCUUUAGUUGAAACAAUUUAGACAUUUUAGAUCCUCCAAUGCUAAGUAAUCAGUGUAACGAACUAAGCAUGGUGCAAUUUAUAGAUCUUGAAUGGGUGAUGAGUUUGUUCAUGGUCUAAAA